AUGGACCACACCAUCAAGUACUUCCUCUAUGAGAUCUGCAUUCCAACCAUCAUCAUCCUCUGUGUCAUCGCCGCCGGCCUCAACAUCAUGGUGUUCAUUUCGCGGGGUUACUGUAAGAUGAAGUCUGCGUCUCUCGAGUUGACCUACUCUCUCGCCUUGUCGGAUACAUGGACCAGCAUUGUGAUCGGAGUGUCGUUGUUCUGGAAUAGUUACAAACCGGUGGUCCUGCAGAUUCCUCAUCAGAGCUUUUGUUUUCCGUUGACGUUGGAGGCAUUCCGUACGGGCGGUCUCCUCACCGGAAUCUUCCAUCUCGUCGCAUUGGCAUUCACCCACUACAUGACGAUCAAACGACCAUUCGAUCAUCAAAAAGUGCUUCCAAUCCGUACAAUUCACAUUAUGAUGCUCUUCAUGUGGGCUACACCACCAUUGGCUCUUAUGAUCUACUUCGCUAGCUGGAAGGGGCAAGGAUAUCAAAACGAGAAAUGUAUGGGAAUCGCUUUCUACGAGAACUUCUUUUUCCGUGCUGCCAUCUCCCUAAUCAUCAUUAUCCUUAUCAUCACAACGACCAUUUUCUAUAUCAAGAUGUUGCAAAAAAUUACAGAGGUCCGCAACAAAACCGCCGCCAACAACCCAGCACCGGGAGCAUCCGCGCGUGGUCGUCGUACCGUUAUCACUGCCGUCCUGAUCUUUGGAACAUUCCUGAUCGGCUGGAUGCCAGCUAGUAUUAUGUACAUUUUGACUGCCGAAGACAUGCCGUUGUACAAAAAACAAAGUGUCUACAUCACGGUUCUGUCGAUUGUGGUGUUGGUUAAUAUCAUGGGAAAGACGUUGACCAAUCCGAUUAUCUAUGCGACGAGAAUCCCCGAAAUCCAUCAAUUCGUAUUCCAAAAGCUUCUCUGGCGUCUGAUACCUGGCAAGUGGUCGCCGAACAAUGCCAAUAAUGCAAGUUCGCUCCGUCGACAAAGCGAAAUGGAGCCGUUGAGAAUGACGGCGGCGCCGCGAUGCUCCAAUCCGAAUACGCAUUCUGUGAUGCUCUAA